AUGAUCGCUACACCUCUUGGAAUCACGGGACUAUCGUUGAUGGGAUUGGGAGGAUAUGAUCUUGGAACAAAUCUGCUUGAGCUCAAUAAUACUUACGGCUCCUUUGCGAUCGGAUACUUGGGAUUUUACCUGACGCACAUGGCUGUUACAAACAACUUUGCUGGAUUUCAGUCUCAAACGAGAAGAAUUCGUCAACUAGAGAACAAAACAUAUCCGCUUGUUGAAAACAUCGCUGUCGAUCCAGAAUCGUCAGAAAUCUCGUUCAAUUUAUUUUCCGGCGAAUUCAGGUCGUUUCAUCAAGAAGAUCUUGAAAUCAUUGAAGACUACGCUCCUCCAGCUGAUUUUUACUUGUCGGCUCUUUCGAUGAGAAGCAAGGCGCAUUACGACAUGCAAGUGAGGAUGAAUUCCGAGUUCAAUAUUCAUGAGAUCGAAAAAACAACGAGUUCUUCAUAUUUGAGCUCUAUUGCUGGCUUCUUGGCUCAACGAAUGAACAUAUUGAAGCAGAACUUUGUUUUUGUGAAAGACAGCUCUUCUGGCGAGCAUUUUCGCGUUCCUCUUCAAAUUCCGAUGAUAACGAAGGCGCAAUUCAACAAAUAUAAAGACGUCGCGAUUGUACAUGAUCUGGCGAAAGCUCUUUAUCAAAGAUCGAAGAAACAAUCGAGCAAUUCUUUUCUUGAAAUGAUGCAAAUUUCACAGAAAAAGUUCCAGUUUCGAUACGUCAUCUGUUUCUACCAACAAACUAAUACUCUCUUCUGGACGAAGAUUCUCGGCGAUCCGAAAUACAAGAAGAAUUAUUGGAAUUGGAGGAUUCAUGCUUUUUUCCAUUUUAUCUGGCGAUCAAAAACAUAUCUGAUCUUUCCUUCUGGUCUGAUUUAUAUUUAUUUUACGGAGAAUAAAGAUGAGUAA